GGGCAAUCGAAAUUGUUGCUCGAAGUGAAAGACCUAUCCGCCGUCAUCUCCAAGUCAAAACAGCAGAUUCUAAAAGGAGUUAACCUAACGGUUCGCGAGGGAGAGGUCCAUGCUGUAAUGGGAAGGAAUGGUUCGGGAAAGAGCACAUUUGCAAAGGUCCUUGCUGGGCAUCCGGAUUACGAAAUUACGAAUGGGAGUGUGACAUUUAAAGGCGAUAAUUUGAUUGAGAUGGAACCAGAGAAAAGGUCUCUAUCUGGUCUUUUCAUGAGCUUUCAAACCCCAGUUGAGAUUCCAGGUGUGAGUAAUAUAGAUUUUCUGAACAUGGCAUACAAUGCCAAGAGAAAGAAACUUGGACAGGAAGAACUUGGACCAAUUGAGUUCUAUGGAUAUAUCGCCCCAAAACUUCAACUUGUGAACAUGAAGGUAGACUUCUUGAACAGGAAUGUAAAUGAAGGAUUCAGUGGUGGAGAAAAGAAGCGAAAUGAGAUUUUACAAUUAGCGGUCCUUGGAGCAGAAUUGGCUAUAUUGGAUGAGAUUGAUUCAGGCCUAGAUGUUGACGCCCUUCGAGAUGUUGCAGACGCAGUAAACCGGUUAUUAUCCCCCACAAAUGCAGUGGUGAUGAUUACUCAUUAUCUGCGACUGUUGGAGUUUAUUAAGCCAACCUUCAUCCAUAUCAUGGAGGACGGUAGAAUUGUGAAGACUGGAGAUAUUUCUUUAGCUGAAGUUCUCGAGAAAGAAGGAUACAAAGCAAUUUCAAGCGCAUAGUUCACUUCAUACUUUCUAAAUGAAAUUCUUUUUCCAGCGCGAACCCACCCUCACUCAACUAGUUGAGAGGUUCAGUGUUCAAAUCGGCCCACAACCAUGUAGAGAGAAAACGAAGAGAAAGGCGGCCUAUAUAUAUAUAUAUAUCCACUUACAAAUUACAAUGAUUGUAUUAUAUAAUAAUUCAAUAUUGUAAUCUUAUUGUUAAAUAAUACUCCAUCCGUCCCAUUUAUAUUGUCCCGUUUUACCUUUUCGGGAAGUCCCACUUAAAUUGUCUCAUACCAUAUUUGGCAAAG